AGGAUCAGUUUUCAUUUUAAUCCCUCCCAUUAAUUUUAUUUCAUUUUUUUACAAUAAUAUCACUCUCUUUCUUUUAAAUAAAAAGGACACUCUCAGUAUUCCGCACAAGGUAGGGCUCGGGUGGGGGUUCAUUUUUUCUUGAAGGAUACGGACAAAUCAUACCGAUUCCUUUAAGGAGGGAGUGAAGAGAGAUGCACACAGUUAAAAAACCCCCUAAUUGAUACCUACGCCUAGUAGAGGUCAAACCCCAAACAAUCCGCUCCACAAGCAGAUGCUCUAUCCAUUGAGCUACAAGCGCUUUUGUUUUCAUUAUUUUUACAAUUCACUUAUUUUUGUUUUCAUUAAAUAACAUACAUAAACUUAAUCUCUUUUCAUCUUAACUCUCUUAUUUUUAGAAUCCACUUAUUUUUGUUUUCAUUAUUCAACUCAAUUUUGUUUUACUAAUUUACAUUUAAAAAUAAAUGAUGCUGAUUAAUUGGGAGAGAUGGAUUAUAAUUAUAUACAAGAGGGGCCGUUAUUGUCUAAUAAUAUUAUAUAUUAAUAGAAAUCAAUAAUUCAGUUCAUCAUCGUCACUUUAUGAGUUCGAAUCUCAAUCACUCCUUAUUUAAAGUGAAAUAUUUAGCGCCUAUACGCAUCCACACUUCUAAUUCAAUUGGCUUUCGUGUGAGGAAAAUAUCUUGAAAAUUCAACCAUAAGCCAAAGCUUUUGAUUAAAUUGGUUUCUUGACGGAUGGAUUAUAAUUAUAUAUAAGAGGGCGGUUAUAGUGUAAUGAUAUUAUAUAUUAAUAGAAAUUAAUGUAGUAUAGAGUAAUGGUUCACGCAUUGGAUUAUAAUUAUAUAUAAGGGGCCCAUUAUUGUCUAAUGAUAUUAUAUAUUAAUAGAAAUCAAUAAUUCAUUUGGCUGAGCUUAAUAACCCUAUAUAUAGUACGUAGUAUAGAAUAGUGGUUCACGCAUUUCUGUCUUUACAUUAUAUUUUGGUGUUUAUUAAUAGCAGUUUGUGGUAGAAAUGUCGGCUGAAAUCACAAAACAAAAAAGUCGUCGGCCAAUAGCAAACUUUCAUCCAUGCCAUUGGGGUGAUCACUUUCUUCAUUUUACAAGCCCUCAUCAUGAUGAGCAAGUCCAUGAAGAAAAGAAGGAAGAAGUGAAGGAACUGAAAGAGCAAGUGAGAAAGAAGCUGCUUGAAAAGAAGGGGAAUUCCUUUGAGCAGCUAAAUUUAAUAGACACAAUUGAACAUCUUGGGGUGGAAUAUCACUUUGAACAAGAAAUAGAGGAUGGUUUGAAGCAAAUCUAUGAGAGUUUCAAUGAAGAUUGUGUCGAAGAUGAUGUUUACCAUCUUUCCACUAGAUUUCGUAUUCUUAGACAACAUGGCUAUCCUGUCUCUAGUGAUGUGUUUAAUAAAUUGAAAGAAGAAAAUGGAAAAUUCAGCGAGUCCUUAAAAAAGGACGUUCCAGGAUUAUUAAGUUUAUAUGAAGCUUGCCAUGUUGGUGUUCAUGAUGACAAGAUACUUGAUGAAGCCCUUGUAUUUACAACAAAUCAUCUGACAUCCAUGCUUAACAAGUUAAGCUCUCCAAUGGCGGAUAAAGUUGCUCAUGCACUGCAUCAACCUUUCCACAAGGGCAUGCAGAGAGUGGAGUCCAGAUUUUACAUCUCUAUUUAUGAAAUGGAUCCGUACCAUGAUAAUACUUUACUUAAAUUUGCCAAACUGGAUUUUAAUUUGGUUCAAGCCUUACACCAGAAGGAGCUUAAAGAUCUUAGAAGGUGGUGGAAAGGACUACAUUUGGAUGCGUCUUUCAGUAGAGACAGAUUGACAGAAGCAUAUUUUUGGAUUAUAGGAGUCUACUAUGAACCCCAAUUUUCAUUUGCAAGGAAAGUAUAUCGAAAAAUUUUCAAGUCAACCUCUCUAUUGGAUGACACUUAUGAUGCAUAUGGUACUAUUGAGGAACUUGAACUGCUCACUGAAAUGUUUCAAAGGCCAUGGGACAUAAGCCGUGCGGAUGAACUGCCCGAGCACGUGAAAUGGAGUUAUUACGCAAAUGUUGAAGCAUGCGAGGAAGCUUCUGCGGAUGUUUCAGGAGAAGGAAGAUCAUUUCUCGUGGACUUCACUAGAGAACAGAUAAAAGCUUUGUGUAAAGCUUAUAUGCAAGAGGCAAAAUGGUGCAACCAAAAUUUCAUUCCCGCAUUUGACGAUUAUAUGAAGAUUGCUCUAGUGACGUCUCCAUAUCCUCAUGCUAUAAUUUCAUCAUUUCUUGGCAUGGGAGAGAUUGCAACAAAAGAAGUCUUUGAAUGGGCAUCUCAAAACCCUAUGCCCAAUGUAAUAAAAGCUGCAUCUACUAUUAUAAGAAUAAUGAACGACUUGGGUGGUCAUGAGUUUGAACAAAAGAGAAAUCAUGUUGCUUCGGCUGUGCAAUGCUUGAUGGAGAAGAAUGGAUUAUCGAUGGAGGAAGCAUAUGAGAAGCUAAGGAAACAAGUUGAUGAUGCAUGGAAGGAUAUAAAUGAAGCUAUGCUUCAACCUCAUGUGAUUCCAAAACGUUGUCUUAUUCGCAUCCUAAACUUAGCUCGUUCCGCUGAUGUUAUUUACAAGGGAUCUGCUGAUGGUUAUACUAAUGUUAAUCAAGUACUUAAGGAAAAAGUUGCGUCCAUUCUUGCCCAUCCAAUUCCUAUCUAAUCUUUACCACGAGUAUUAAUAAUGUUUCUUGUGUUGUAUGUUUAAUUUGUGUGUGUGUGUUUGUUUUUAUUUGGAACUUUUUUUUCCUUUGCUUUUCUUCUAUAUUGUGUUAUUUGCUGAUUUUUUCUUGAUAUUUUAUGUACGACUUUUUCUAUCCAGUAAUAAUAAUGUUUUUCAUGUUUUAUG